CAACGUUGCUGGUAAACCAAGUCUAAAGUUCACAGAUAACAAACAACAUGGCUUCCCCAUCCAAACCUUGGGAAAGAACUGGAAUAAAUCACCAGAAUGAAUAUGGCGAUGGUUCAAAUUUCAUGUCCAGUGGUCCACCUCUAACAACAACCUCGUUACCCAAUAUUGGUGGUAUCCAACCUUUAUCAGCGCAGCCCCCACCUAUUCCAGCAAGACCAUCUGCUGCUCCUAUGGCUUCAUCAUUUAAUAGAUUUGGUUAUGGUUCAGGUUAUGGAGGAGGUAUGGGUUACGGAGGCGCUGGAGGUUACGGAAUGUACAGCAGCCCGUACAGUUCUUACGGGGGUUAUGGAACAGGCUACGGUGGUAUGAACAGAUAUGGUAUGACCGGAGAACCAAUCGCUGGCUUUGCAAGACAAGCUGAAGAAAAUUCUAGACCAGCGUUCGAGUCGAUAGAGAGCAUAGUUAACGCCUUCACGUCUGUUAGUAUGAUGUUAGACUCGUCAUUUCAAGCCGUUUACAGUUCUUUCAGAGCUGUCAUCGGUGUAGCAGACAAUUUCUCACGCUUAAAAAUUCAAUUAAUGCAAGUCUUUUCAGCGUUAGCAUUUAUUCGAACUUUAAAAUAUGUGUUUCGUAGAAUAUUGGAGUUUCUCAGAUUGAGACCACAAGGCACUGCAGUGGCCGAAUGGAACAGAGCGUUUGCUGCUGCCGCACAAUCGGCAUCUGCUGCAGAACCAGAAGCUCGGAAAACCUCCUGGCCUAUUCUAAUGUUUUUUGGGAUUAUCCUUGGAGGACCCUGGUUGAUCUGGAAGCUUAUUUCAUCUUUUGCAGGUACUUCAUCAUCAGGAACUCCACUAUGGGCCGACGGUCAAGAUGACCAUUUUGUAGCCGAUGUUCUAUUUGAUUUCACAGCACAGACAACAGAAGAAGUUUCUGUUCAGGCUGGUCAAAAAAUUAAUGUUGCUCCUAAAGAAUUACAACCACGUGUAAGAGGAUGGCUGUUGGCCAGCAGUGAUGGAAAGACAGGACUUAUUCCCGCAAAUUAUGUGAAAGUGUUAGGAAAACGUCGGGGAAGUAAGUCCAUGGCUCAGGUUAAUAAUCAACAACAACAAACUAAUGUUACUAAUGGCAACCCUGUUACUAAUGGCAACCCUGUUACUAAUGACAACCCUGUUGCUAAUGGAAUCCCUGUUACUAAUGGCAACCCUGUUGUUCCAACUGAAAGUGCUUUAAAUUUAGUUCAGAGACAAGAAACGAUCACGGAGAGCGAGAUGGAAAGUUCCUUCGCCGACGUCAAUACAUUAGAAAACUCGACACCAACAGAAAUAUUGAAUCAAAGUGAUAGCAUCGUAUCCGAUUCAAAUACAACACAAGACAAUGGUGAUUCGAAUGUGGAACGGGUGUCCGAGAAAAGUUGACAUUAUAUAAUGGAAGAACAAUCUGAUUAAAAUACACAUCUAUAUUACGUUUCAAUUUUUAAAACUUUCGAUGGCCUGCACUACAUGAAGAUCUGACAAGAUGUACUAGAAGGUCGUGUCAGGGAUCUUACGAGCGGCUUUUGACCCUAUGGCGUCAGACAUUGAUUAUUCAAUCUGCAUUGGCGUUUCUAGUGGUGUACCCACAGUUCCGUGAAUGGCACGCCAAGAACUCGCCGUAACAGACCGUUUCAUUGGCUAAUCACCAUUAAUAUAACAACUCUUCCAGAUCCUAGUGUAGUAAAGAAAAGUAAAACGAAAUUUUGAACUAUAAAAAAUGAAAAGAAAUAGAAUCUGUGUUUUAAUCAGAUUGAUGGAAGAUGUGAAUUAAUUUUUAAAUUUGUGAAUAAAUGUGUGUUUAUCUGUGA